CAGAGCGCUACAGCGCUGUAGCGCGACUGGACUGGCGGCGAGGUUCUUCUGCGCAAAACCCUCGCUCGUCCAAUCAGUACGAACUCGGUUCCCGCCAGCGAAGUGACGACUUCCCCAGACACGACCGACACCGCGCGAGAAAACCACUCUUUCUGUCCCAUCACUCUCGACUGCCGUUAGCCGGAUUCAGAGUCAGAGCCACUGUCAGAGCCACUGUCAGAGUCAGAGUCAGAGUCGCGUUCUCUUGACCAAGAAGUUCCCUCUAUAAGAUAUAGAAGAAAUCGUUUAUAGCCCACAAAUUGCAGGCGCAGACAAGAUACAACAAAAGAUACAAGAUACGAAUAAUCAUCCAUCCGCAGUGGAGAACGCGCGCAUCGCAUCGCAUCGUCUCUCUGAAACGAAUGCGGAAGUGGAAAGCCGGCGGCUUUUAAUUUUUUUUUUUUGCAUUACGCGUAUUGCGAUACGUCGUAAAGGAUCGAGCCAUAAAAAGUCCCGCAAAACAAAAGCCAAACGAUACUUAAUGUUCUCGCAAAAAAAGAGCUCCGGGGAAGAGGAAGAAAGUGAUCGAGAGUGCAUAUCCAUUCAUUUGCAUAUCCUUGCAAGUAAAUUCAAUUAAAAAAAAAUAUUGUUAAGACGUGCGCCAAUGCCUGCUGCUGUUUUUUUUUUUGUUACUGUUGUUCCCCCACCAAGUGCCAUGCCAAGAUUCAAAGGUAUUCAAUAAUAUUCGAUAAUAUUCAAUAAUUCGGAAAUAAAUUCCCGAAACUCAAAACCCGCAAAAGCAACCAGCAACCAGCCACCAGCAACCAGCAACCGACUGCAAAUUUUGAUUAAUCAUUGUGCCUUGAACUGGUCGUCGUCGUGACUCGUGAGUCAGGGAAACGCUGUCGCUGUCGCUGCCUUAAUUACCCGCAAAUAAGACAAAAUUCAACAAAUUCAACAAAUUAUUCAGUUAAAUAUAAGCACAAGCCGCAAUCCGCAAGCCGCAAGCAGCAAGCAGCAAGCAGCAGCCGCAGACACCGCUCUCCGUGUGCGUGUGUGCGUGUGCGUGUGUGUGAGUGGUGUCCUCUGAAGCCUUUCCUCGAACGGAGCCCCUGGAUGCGAAGAAACUCCGCUUAAAUGCAUACGGAUAUCAUAAUCGGUGACCAAUUCGCGGCCAACAAUAACUACUGGGUGAUGCAGUCCCCGGAACUGGACUAUCGGCACGAGCUGAUGGGACGUCUCCACAAGAUAGAGCCCGCCGACGUCGAUCUGGAGGUUCUGGCCGCCACCAACAACAGCCACAACAGCAACGGCAGCCAGACCCCCAGCCUUGCAACGUCCCACCAGCAGCAGCAGCAGCAGCAGCAGACCCAGCAGCAGCAGCAUCAGUUCCACCAUCAUCACCUGCAUCACCAUCAUUCGCACCAGCACCAGCACCACCAUCAGCACCAGCACCACCACGCGCACCACUUGCACCAGCAGCAGCAGUCGCACAGCCUGCAGAGCGGCGAGAGCGGCGGUGCUGGGGCCACAGACGCGUGGCAGCUGUCAUCGGUGGGCUAUGGCACAGCGGAUCCCCAGCAGCAGCAGCAGCAGCAGCAGCAGCAUGCCGCUGGCUCCCCCAACUCCAAUUCGAACUCCGCCUAUGCCUGCACGCCCCUCUACGAUGGUGCGACCUACGAGGUGGCCCUGGGCUAUGGCGGGGGACGGGCAACGGGCGGCAGCAGCAGCACUGGCGGGGAGAAGGAGUAUUUGUAUGAAACCAAAAACAAAGAGACGGCUACGCUCUUUGCGGAUCCAUUGGACGAUCCGUAUCAGAGGCCAGUGCUCUGGGACGAUAUUACUACCUCAAUCCAAAAUAUCGAUCCAGAGAAUGCGCUCAUGCUGAGUGCCACAACGAAUGGUGGCGGCAACAGUGGCAACAACAGUAGCAGCAACAACACAACAACAAGCAGCGCCAGCAAUGGGGACAAUGCAGCAUCGGUGCAACAGCAGCAGCAGCCACAGGUCAAAAUGGAGGCACUGGAUGAGAGCCUGCUUGAGACUUUCUCAACGCCACUGCUCAGUCCCCUGGAGAUCAAGACAGAGAAGCAGCAGCGACAACAGCAGCAGCAGCAGCAACAACAGCAGCAGCAGCAAUACCAGCAGCAACAUCAGCAACACUAUCAGCAACAUUAUCAACAACAGCAGCAGCAGCAACAGCAACAGCAGCAGCAGCAGCAGCACUUGUACCAGCAUCAUCCCAGCCUGUCGUCGGUGCUGCCACCCGCUGUCGAGACGGUGGUGGAGUUGCAGUUGCAACAACAGCUAGUGCAGCAGCAACAGCAGCAGCAGCAGCAGCAGCACAGUGGCAGCAACAGCCCCAAGCAGCUGCUGCAGGCGACGGCGACCCCCGGCGACAACAGCAGCACCUCCUCCUAUCAGCAGCAAUACGCAUCUCAAUUGAAUGCCGCAUCGGGCGGCGGCUAUCUCAACGGUAGCAACAGCAGCAGCAGCAUCGGUGGCAACACGAGUGCAACGGCCAUCGGCAGCAGCAGCAGCACCAGCAGCUACGGCUACAGCUGGCACAGCAGUCAGACAUUUCACACCAAAUACCAAAUACACCCGCCAUCCGCAGCAGCAGCCAGUGCUGCGUCCGCCACUGCCACGCCCACAGCUCAACAUGGCGUUGCUCAAUUGCAACAACUGUGCCCCCCGGCGGCACCCAGCACUCCCUCUGCCACAUCCUCCUCAGCCUCCUCGUCAUCGGCCUCGUCGUCGACGCGCCACAUGUUCGUGCCACCCCUGACGCCGCCCAGCUCCGAUCCGGGCAGCCCCUCAGCGGCCGCCGCUGCCGCCCAGAGACGCACCACCCCGCCACCGCCCUACCAGCAAGGUCACGGGCUCCUGGGACUCCCACAGCCGCCGCAGCUGCAGCUGCUGGGAGUAGGCGGUGGCUCCUCGAUAACGCUCACCACCCUCACAGCCUCCGCCUCAGCGUCCGCGCAACUGCAGCUGCCCCAGCAGCAGCCCUCCCCCGUGGCACCGGCGGUCCCACCGCCGCGAUCGGGCGGCUCCUCCGGGGGCAGGAGGGGCCGGCAUGCGCACCAUCAGCCCGGCACGGCGGCGCACAUUGCCAGCCUCAUGAGCGUCCGGACAGUGCGCUACAAUCGCCGGAACAAUCCGGAGCUGGAGAAGCGUCGCAUCCAUCACUGUGAUUUCGUGGGUUGCUCCAAGGUUUACACAAAAAGCUCGCAUUUGAAGGCCCAUCAGAGGAUACACACGGGUGAAAAGCCCUACACCUGCCAGUGGCCCGAGUGCGAGUGGCGGUUCGCCCGUUCCGAUGAGCUGACGCGGCACUACCGCAAGCACACGGGCGCCAAGCCCUUCAAGUGCAUCGUCUGCGAGCGGAGUUUUGCGCGUAGCGAUCAUUUGGCGUUGCACAUGAAGCGGCAUCAGCCGAAGAACAAAUGAGAGCGAAAGAAGGUCCCCCCGGCAGGCGGCGGUGGACCAGCAGCAGAGCAACAACAGCAGCAGCAACAACAACAGCAGCAACAACAGCAACAACAACAGCAACAACAACAACAACAACAACAAAAUCAACUAUACCACAAUCCAAAGGACUUUAGUUUAGAUAUGACAUGAAUUCGGUUUAGUUGAAAGGUUAACUACUACAUGGUACUACACUCUAGGCAUCUAGGCAUCCAGGCAUCUAGGAAUCGCUGGCAAGAACUCAAACUAACUCAAAAAUCUAUAACUAGCUUAAGUACUAGUGAAAUUACUGUUACCAUCCUGCUUCAACAUUCAACAAACAACAAACUAAAACAAAAACCUACUCUUAAGCAUCGCUAAUCCCCCUACCACCCCCACCACCCCCACCACCACCCCUACCCCCACUACCCGCACUUGUAUAAAGGUUUUCUCUCGCAUAAGAACUAAAUAGAUUCCGUCAUCGUAGGAUUAGAUCAUAGACAAACAACAACAACAAAAAA